AUGCGACGGGCUCCCUGUCCCAGCACGCGGGCCCCGUCCACCUCAACUUCUGCUUCCGAGAGAACCUUGCGCCCGACCCGGGGCCCGUGCGCGGUGCGCCAGGGAGGACCUCCGAGUUCAGCAGGUCGUACGUGGGGGCCCUAUCGUCUGCCGAGCGCGCGGUCGGCGGUCGCGAGAUUAGCCUGGCUGGGCCCGUGUGCGGUGCGCCAGACUCGCCGAGAGCUCGUCGGCCUCGCGUCGUCUCGCAAGUCCCGCAUCGUGGUGCUGGUGGGCAGCCUGCACACCGCUGAGGAGGCCAUGCUGGCCGAGGACGUCGCCGCGCGCCUCGGGGCCGCCGUGUUCGCGGACAUCACCUCGGGCCUGCGGCUGCGGCCGGGCACGGUGCACUACGCGGACCAGCUGCUGAGCUCCCCCCUGCUCUCCGCCAGCUUGCUGCAGGUGGACGCCGUGGUGCAGCUGGGAGGGGCCGUCGUCUCCCGUCGCAUCGGCAAUUUUGCCAAGGACGCGCGCCCCCGUCUGUACGUGCGGGUGGCCCCAGCCCCUAUCCGGCACGACCCGGACCACCUGGCGAGCCACCACCUGCCCUGCUCCCUGGGCGCGCUCGCCAGCGCCCUGCUCGAGGCAGGGCUGCAACCCGCGAAGGAGCCCUGCUCCUUCUGGGGCAGGCUCUCAGUGGCGGCCGGGAAGGUGCUGGAGGAGCACCUGACAGAGACCCGGCAGCUGACAGAGCCCUACGUGGCGUUCGCCGUGUCGCGGCUUCUGUGCCCAGGCGGCCGCAUGCAGAUCUCGAGCUCCAUGCCAAUCCGCGAUCAGGACAUGUUCGCGAGCCCGCCGCUGGACAACGACAGGGCUGCGGCUCACCCUGCAGCCGCGAAUCGUGGCGCUUCGGGCAUCGACGGCGUCAUCAGCACAGCGGCUGGAUACUGCCACGGGGCCGAGGUGCCCUCCACGCUGGUCAUCGGCGACGUCGCCUCCCUGCACGACCUGAACGCUCUCGACCAGCUGGCGCGUCAAGAGACGCUGCCGCUCACCGUCGUGAUCGUGAACAAUGGUGGGGGAGCCAUCUUCUCCUUCCUGCCAAUCAAAAACCAUCACGACGUCCUGAACACCUUUUUCUCCGCACCCCACCAUACGGACUUCGGCCGCGCCUGCGACGCGUUCGGCUUGCCUUACAAGCUGUGCUCGACGGCCGACGAGUUUGAGUCCGAGUAUGUCGAUUCGCAGAGGAGCGGCCAGCAGGGCGCCAGGGUCAUCGAGGUGCGCGUGACCACCUCUUACGAAGAGAACGUUAGUCUGCACACCAAGCUCAGCAGUCUAGUGUCCUCCGCCGUACGAGACGAGCUGUUCGCGUCGGCUAGCUUGUCGUGGCUCAACACUGCGGUGGCGCCGCCGUCGCCGAACGGGGCCCACGCAUCUCGCGUGCCGAUGGUGCUUUUGCAUGGAUGGCUUGGGGAGAAAUCUGACUGGACAGAUGUGGCGCGGCAGCUCGUAGAGGCCGGUUUUCCUGUGUUGGCUAUUGACCUUCCUGGGCAUGGCGACUCCGCUAUGGGCCGCAAGCAAAUGGACUCGCCUGGAAGCCAAUUGGAUCCUUGGGAGGCUGCAGCCUUGUUCAGCAUGCCUUUCGUAGUGGAGGCGCUGGACAGACUGUUGGACGACUUGGCUAUAAACCGAGCCAUCUUCGUCGGAUACUCCCUCGGAGGCAGGGUGGCAAUGGCCUAUGCUGCUGAGCACCCGGACCGUGUGCUAGGCACCAUCGCACUCUCUGCAAACCCUGGCCUGAAGUCUGUAUCGGAGCGGUUCGAGCGCGCCGCGAGCGACGGGUGCCUCGCCGUGGGCCUGGAGGCGAAAGGCCUAGACCGCUUCCUGGUCGACUGGUACAGCAUGCCCCUGUGGGGAGGCCUCCGGGAGCGGCUUCCCGAGGUCCACGGCAGGGUGCUCGCGAGACGCGCCCGGGGCCGGCCCGCGCUCGUCGCGCACGCCCUGGUCGGCAUGAGCCUCGGGCGGCAGGGGGACCUCUGGCCGUCCGUUCUCGCGGGCGAGCCCCCGCUGUGGUAUGCGUGCGGGGAGCUCGACGUCAAGUUCGUGGCGAUCGGCGAGGAGCUCAGGAGGCGCUGGGGCCCGCCCGUCACCGGCGCGCCCUCCAGGGUGUCCACGCUGCCCGGCUGUGGCCACGCCCUGGUGGAGGAGUCCCCGGGCGAGGUUGCGCGGUUGUGCGCCGAGGUGGCCGGGCACCUGAGCGCCAUGGAGGCGCCGGCCGCCACGCCAGCGGCGGUGCUGCCGCAGGUCGUGGGCGCGCGCUCGAGCAAGAUUCGAGUGGCUCUCAGCUCGAAGCUGCCGUUGAGUCGGGGCGAGCCGAUCGAAGCGCGCGUCGGGCUUCUCAUCAUCCUGGAGGCGCGUAUGCCGGGUGGCGGGGCCAACGGUCACGCCGAUCUCGCUACGGGCCUUGGGGAGGUGAAUCCGCUGCCGGGGUUCCACAAGGAGUCGCUGGCCGAGGCAGAGGAGCAGCUCCGGGUUGUCCUGUCCACACUUUCAACCAAGAAGCCAGAGUUGCCUCCAGUUGUGGCGAGGCUUGAUGGCUCCAUGGGCAAGUGGCUGGCACAGCAUUGCGCGCCACCUGGCGGUGUGCUGCUUCCUUCUGUGCGGAGUGGCCUCGAGAUGGCCUUGCUGCACGUCUUGAAGCGGACGCUGCGAACGCCCCACCUGGGUGCCCUUGCCGCGUCCGCAAACGGGCUGAGCUGCUCGUCGAGCGUGCAGAUGAACUCGCUGGUUGUCCGGACCGAGUCCGAGGACCUCGGCAUCCCCUCGGACGGAGCCGCGGUGGUGAAGGUGAAGGUGGGCAGGGACCCGCGCGACGACGCGCAGCGCGUCAGCAGACUGGCCGAGCUGCUGUCCGCCCGGCCUGGCCCCCCAGUGCGCCUGCGGCUCGAUGCUAAUCAGGCCUGGACGGUUCCGGAGGCCGCCGCCUUCCUGGGCGGUCUCUCCGAGCAGGCCGUGGAGGUCACGGAGUACCUGGAGGAGCCGGUGAAGUGGACAGGCGGGCAGGACAGCUUUUUCGAGGCCUGGGAGGCUCUCGCGUCACAGACGGGCAGGUGCGUGGCGUUCGCGGUGGACGAGAGUCUCCUGGAGGGGCCCGUGACCAAGGAGAAGAUCGCCGCGUGCCAGGCGCCCAUCGCUGCGCUCGUCUUGAAACCGGCUCUGCAGGGCCUGGAGCAGACCGUCGAGCUCUCAGCCUGGGCGCUCAAGCACGGAGUUCAGCCCGUGUUCAGCUCGGCAUUUGAGAGCGGGGUGGCGCUCAGUCACUUUGCGAUCCUGGCGGGGUCCGUCGUGCACCCGCCCGGGCGGGACGCUGCCUUCACCGGUUGUCACGGGCUCGGCACCUUCACGCGGCUCAGGGAGGACGUGCUCCGCCCGCCGUUCGCGGACCUCGUCACCUGCGGCGGCUCCGCGGGCGGAGGACCGAGUGGCUGGAGCGUGAGCCUGCUGAGGUGCCAGGAGGCGCUUGACGCUACGGCCGACGCCAACAGCGCUACAGCGUGA